GAGGUCAGGAACCCAGAAGCCAGGAUCUAGUUUGACGCAGACCUGCGGGAGGCGGGCGGUAACGGAUGCGUUCUCCCUGACACCGGUGCCUUCGCCUCUCUGCGCCCUGCAGGCGCCCCCAGUUCCCCAGCCUCCCAGACCUCGCGUCUGCCCCGGGGCUCAGCUCCCAGGGACUUCCGGGAGCAGCUGGCCCCGCCCCAAGGCUCCUUCGGGCUGCGCGAUUGGCACCGCGGGCCGGGGGCAGGGCCGGAGCGCCGAGCCAACGUGAUGGCGUCAGGGGCCGGGGCGCCGCUUCCUGUUGUCAGUGGCCGAGGGAGCGCAUCGUCGGCUCGGAGGCUGAGGGGCUGCCGCGGCCGGGAGCGCCCCUCGCCUCGCUCCUCGCUCCGCUUGGUGUCAUGUGAUUCUCUGAGGGAGCAGCUGCGUGAGUGGAGAUGCUUUCAGUGGUGGAGAAUGGACUGGACCCCCAGGCUGCCAUCCCGGUCAUCAAGAAGAAGCUGGUGGGAUCCGUGAAGGCCUUGCAGAAGCAGUACGUGUCCCUGGACACGGUGGUCACUAGUGAAGACGGAGAUGCCAACACCAUGUGCAGCGCCCUGGAGGCCGUAUUUAUCCAUGGCCUGCACGCCAAGCACAUCCGAGCUGAGGCCGGAGGAAAAAGGAAGAAAAGUGCCCACCAGAAGCCUCUGCCCCAGCCUGUCUUCUGGCCCCUCCUGAAAGCUGUCACCCACAAACACAUCAUCUCAGAGUUGGAGCACCUGACGUUUGUCAACACGGAUGUGGGCCGCUGCCGGGCAUGGCUGCGGCUGGCCCUGAACGAUGGCCUGAUGGAGUGCUACCUGAAGCUGCUGCUGCAGGAGCAGGCCCGCUUGCAUGAGUACUACCAGCCCACCGCCCUGCUCCGGGAUGCUGAGGAGGGCGAGUUCCUCCUUAGCUUCCUGCAGGGCCUCACGUCCUUGUCCUUCGAACUCUCCUACAAGUCUGCCAUCUUAAAUGAGUGGACGCUCACCCCACUGGCCCUGUCUGGGCUUUGCCCGCUUUCUGAGCUGGACCCUCUCUCUACCUCUGGUGCAGAACUACAGCGGAAGGAAUCUCUGGAUUCCAUUUCCCAUUCUUCAGGCUCUGAAGACAUCGAAGUCCAUCACUCGGGCCAUAAGAUACGGAGGAACCAGAAGCUGACUGCCUCCUCCCUCAGCCUGGACACGGCCAGUUCAUCCCAGCUGUCCUGCAGCCUAAACUCUGAUAGCUGCUUACUCCAAGAGAAUGGCUCCAAGAGUCCAGACCAUUGCGAGGAGCCCAUGUCCUGUGACUCAGACCUGGGCACAGCAAAUGCUGAGGACUCAGACCGGUCUCUGCAAGAGGUAUUGUUGGAAUUCAGCAAAGCCCAGGUAAACUCUGUGCCAACCAACGGACUGAGCCAAGAAACGGAGAUCCCCACACCACAGGCCUCGCUCUCCCUCCAUGGCCUCAACACCAGCACACACCUGCACUGUGAGGCACCUGCAGAGCCCCUUCCUGCCCAGGCAGCCUCUGGAACUCAAGAUGGUGUCCACGUGCAGGAGCCGUGUCCCCAGGCACCGCGUCCCCAGGCGCCCAGCCCCCUGGACUUACAGCAGCCUGUAGAGAGCACCUUAGGCCAGCAGCCUUCUAGUACUGUCAGCGAGACAGCCAGAGAAGUGGGCCAACGGAAUGGCCUGCAGAAGGCCCAGGCUCAUGACGGAGCUGGUCUGAAGCUGGUAGUUUCCUCACCCACCAGUCCGAAAAACAAGAGCUGGAUCUCAGAGGAUGACUUCUACCGGCCUUCCCGGGAGCAACCCCUGGAGAGUGCUUCAGACCACCCAAUAGCUUCUUACAGGGGGACUCCAGAGUCAAGGCCUGGUCUCCACAGGCAUUUUUCUCAAGAACCAAGAAAAAACUGCUCCCUGGGGGUGUUAGACCAAGCGUGUGUACCUUCCCCAGGAAGAAGGCAAGCCCAGGCAGCCCCAUCCCAGGGGCAUAAGAGCUUCCGGGUGGUACACCGGAGGCAGAUGGGACUGUCCAACCCAUUCCGGGGUCUCAUGAAGCUGGGCACCGUGGAGCGGCGGGGGGCAAUGGGCAUCUGGAAGGAGCUCUUCUGCGAGCUCUCCCCGCUGGAGUUCCGCCUCUACCUGAGCAACGAGGAGCACACCUGUGUGGAGAACUGCUCCCUGCUUCGCUGUGAGUCUGUGGGGCCAGCCCAUAGUGACGGGCGCUUUGAGCUGGUCUUCUCUGGCAAGAAGCUGGCCCUGCGCGCCUCCUCCCAGGACGAAGCUGAGGACUGGCUGGACCGGGUGCGGGAGGCCCUGCAGAAGGUCCGGCCUCAGCAGGAGGAUGAGUGGGUGAACGUGCAGUACCCAGACCAGCCUGAGGAACCCCCAGAGGCGCCCCAGGGCUGCCUCUCUCCCUCAGACCUGGUCUCGGAGCCCGCGGCCCUCCAGGGCACACAGUUUGACUGGUCGUCCGCCCAGGUUCCAGAGCCAGAUGCCAUCAAGGAGUCCCUGCUGUACUUGUACAUGGACAGGACCUGGAUGCCCUAUAUAUUUUCUCUGUCCUUGGAGGCUCUGAAAUGUUUCCGCAUCAGGAACAAUGAGAAGAUGCUGAGUGACAGCCACGGCGUGGAGACCAUCCGGGACAUCCUGCCAGACACCAGCCUUGGGGGCCCAUCCUUCUUCAAAAUCAUCACGGCCAAGGCUGUCCUGAAGCUGCAGGCCGGAAAUGCCGAGGAAGCCGCCCUGUGGAGGGAUCUGGUCCGCAAAGUCCUGGCAUCCUACUUGGAGACAGCCGAGGAGGCGGUGACCCUGGGCGGGAGCCUGGAUGAAAACUGUCAGGAGGUGCUGAAAUUUGCCACCCGGGAGAAUGGCUUCCUGCUGCAGUACCUGGUGGCUAUCCCCAUGGAGAAAGGCCUUGACUCCCAAGGCUGCUUCUGCGCAGGCUGCUCCCGGCAGAUCGGCUUCUCCUUUGUACGACCCAAGCUCUGUGCCUUCUCUGGCCUCUAUUACUGUGACAUCUGCCACCAAGACGAUGCCUCAGUGAUUCCGGCCAGGAUCAUCCACAACUGGGACCUCACCAAGCGCCCGAUCUGCAGGCAGGCCCUGAAGUUUCUGACACAGAUCCGGGCCCAGCCCCUCAUCAACCUGCAGAUGGUGAACGCGUCUCUGUACGAGCAUGUGGAGCGGAUGCACCUCAUUGGGAGGAGCCGGGAGCAGCUGAAGCUCCUGGGGGAUUACCUGGGCCUGUGCCGGAGUGGCGCCCUGAAGGAGCUCAGCAAGAGGCUCAACCACAGGAAUUAUCUCUUGGAAUCUCCGCAUAGGUUCAGUGUUGCUGACCUCCAGCAGAUCGCAGACGGGGUGUAUGAAGGAUUCCUCAAGGCCCUGAUUGAAUUUGCCUCCCAGCAUGUCUACCACUGCGACCUGUGCACCCAGCGCGGCUUCAUCUGCCAGAUCUGCCAGCACCACGACAUCAUCUUCCCCUUUGAGUUUGACACCACAGUCAGGUGUGCCGAGUGCAAGACCGUCUUCCACCAGAGCUGCCAGGCUGUGGUGAAGAAGGGCUGCCCCCGCUGUGCCCGCCGGCGCAAGUACCAGGAACAGAACAUUUUCGCCUGAUGCCCAUCUGCUGACCCCGCUCUGAAAGCCGGGGGUGAGUGUGGCUCAGCCAUCCCGGCUGGGUUUGCCAUCAGCCCAGGAUACUCACCGUGUCACAGCUGUGUCCCCUUGUCAGGAAGACCCUCAGAUGUGACCAGAGCACCGGCCUCCCAGAGAAAGCCCAGGAAGUCCCCGUGGUGUCCCCUGGCCCUCCCCCCACCCCUCUGCUGCAGGAGGCGUGGCCACCACCAGAUGCUCCCUGUCUUGGGGUAGACAGGGCCUUUUACUCACCAGGCCCUGGCUCACCAGCGUCCCGGCACCUCCGUUAGGGCUGCCCAAACACUGUGGAAAGGGUACUUGGGGAGCAUUUUCAAUUCCACAUUCCUGAUUAAAAGGUCUAGUUUUUUAAGGUGGGUUUUUCCCAUUCAUAUUUCAACAGAAAGUAUUUUUUUAUUCUUGACCCUACGUGAGUCACCCAUGAAAUCCAGACAUUCUCACCCCCAGCGGAUGCACAGGAGCCACUCAGGCCUGGCUUAGAGGCAGCGGGUGGCUGGUGGGCAGGCCACUGCUGGGACAGGGUCUAUGGGCCCACCCAGUGCCUUUCCUUGGCCCUCACUGCCAGUGCCAAACCGCCCCUCAGCAGGGCAGGGCCAGUCCUGGCGACCCCGGUUCCUCUGCGUCCUCUUUACUCCCCACCCCAGUGCGUCUCGCCUGCUGAGCCCACCGCUUUCUCAGCGUCAGAGCCCCUAGCUCUUCUCUAGCCUGGGGCCUUGGCCCCAUUAGGAGAAGGAGAAAUGACUGGAAACCAGCACUGUCAGCACUUUGAGCCCUCCUCGGUUUAUGGAGGGUCGCCGUCUUGCCCACCCCCGAUCCCUGUGCGCUCCUCACCCCUCUACAGACAGGGGCGCUGCUGCAGAUGCUCCAGGCCCACCUUGGUGGGUGCCCGGGGUCACACUCUCUGCCUGACUGACCCCUGCCAGGGCACAGAUAGGCAGGACCCCAGAGAGGGCAGGCAGCCGCGCCCUGCACUGUGGAGAAGUGACCUGGUCCUAAGCUGUGCAGGGCGUGCGGGGGAACUGCCCUGUGGAUGCAGCCACCACCUCACAAAGCCAUGAAUUCCCAAAGCAUCACUGAACUUGCCCAGCUGGGACACUGGAGACUGAAGAACUUCCCCGGAGCAGGACUGCCUUUGAAGGGGCCUUGGGGCUGGGGUGGGAGCCUGGAAUUGUUUUCAAAGUGGUGGUCAGACCCUCCAGGCUUCGGGGAAAUGUGGGUUUGCUGGUCUCUCUGUCGCCUUCCCCCACCUCUCCUGGACCUAGCAGGCCCUCAGUCCUAGCUGUCUUACCUGCGCUCAGCUUGGAGUCAGGCCUCAGGUGGAGAGCCGCAUGUCACUGUCAGAGAUGAGCCCACCCCCACCCUUCCCUGGGGGCGAUUAGCUGCUGAGUCACCCACCCAGCCUUGGAGCUGGAUGCCUGUGCAGCAGAACAGAGGCAACGGUGGCAGGCAGGUGGAGGCUGCGCACAGCUUCUCCCGGUCAUGGCACACACCUGUGCCCAGACGCCAUUGCCUCCUAAGCCAGGAGCUGGGUUAUGCACCACCAUGGCCCACAUUAACGGUCCACCACAAGCCCAGCCUAGUCAGAGCCCUCAUUGCCCCAUCCCUGAGUGGGCAGGAGCCUGGCCUGGGGAGGGCUUGGGCCUGUGAGGAUUCUCCCCGAAGGUGCCCUCGGAGGCAGCAGGUUUGAGGCCCUGGGGGGCCCGUUCCCCAGAAGCUGCCAGUGCUUUCAGAUGCAUUGACUCUUCCCGCCUACCCUCCCUCAGAAAGGUAGUGCCCACACUAUUUUUAAAAUGUUAUUUUAUGCAAUACACUGUUCCUAGUGAGCAGGGCUCUGGCCCUGAGGAGUCUUUGCAAUGUAUUGAAGGAAUUGCUGCCGUGUGAGUUUUGAAUGAUUUUGCAGUAAAGACUUGAUCUUUCUCAUCA